AGGAGGGUCCAUGUGCACAGAAUGACGUCGCGCUGACUUCAAGUCCUACCGACUCCUUCGUUUGUUUUUAAUACUCUUUUUAUCCGGGGCCCUGAAUCGGUAAUCUGCAAAAUUGCGGCCAUAAUGUGAGAUGAUCUGCGGUUGUCGUCCGACCCGUCGCUGUGGUUCGUCCUGUCAGGAGCGGCGGCUCGCUGAGGAGGAUUAAUACGCAGUUCUGCACUGUGUCUAGCUGUCAAACUGAAAACUAUGUAUUGGGAAGAGUAGACGGAACACAUUUGUUGAUAUUUAUUGACUUUGCUUUGCGUGUCUUUUUUUGCCCUCUGGAUUAUUUCGCUGCCCAGCAACACGGCCACCUGACAACUCUGAAUGUCGUAAUUAAGGUGAAUCAAUGAGCCAGCAAUGGAGACUAAAAGAUACCAAAGUUUCUUUGAUGGAAGCAACACAGAGAACAAAUGGUCGCAGGUCCCUGGCAGCAUGGAGCACUGCUGCAGCACAGAGGAUUCAGGUCUGACCAGCAGCGAUAUCCUGAUGGACAUAGUUAAUGUGAGCUGCCCUGCUGGAAGCCCGGCCACCGACUGCAAAGACAACAACACAAAGAAGCAGGAGCAGCCAAUGCUCCGGCUCAGCCAGAACCAGCCAUUUGUUCUCCCACACUUCAACAACUCCCUCCAUGGUCAUAAGCAGGAAAUGGACUCCAAGGAGCUUUCCAAGACUGUGGCUGAGUCAAUGGGCCUGUAUAUGAAUGCUGCCAGGGAGGCGGACUUUGCCUUUAGCCAGCACGGGGGCAGCACCAGCCCUGGGAAGAUGUAUCCAGCAUGUGGACGGCCUCUAGAUGAGGCCCAAUGUGGUUCCACAAAGAGCCCCAAGUUAAAGCCAUUUGGUUUCCCGCAGCCAAGCACCACGCCCAGAGACUGCCCCACUGGGACCUCUUCAAUGCUGGCCUCAUCUCUGUCCUGCAGCCCCCAGACCUCCAGCUCUAUCUCCAGCCCUGGUAACAAUAUGGUGUCGUCAACCACCAGCCCUCCUUCGUGCUUUGGACCAGUGUGCUCAUCCGUCAAUAGUCCUGUCAGCCAGACGUCUUGUGCUGCAACUCUGGCCAACAUCAAGCGCAGGAAUUCAGCCACAUGUAGCCCUGUAGAGUCCAGCACAGUGGGCUCGCCACCUCUUACCAGCCCACUUAACGUCAUGAGGUCGCCCAUGUCCAGUCCUCAGAGCAUGAGCAGUGUUCGAUCACCUCCGUCCUGCAGCACCACCUGCAACAUCAGGUCAUCCGUCUCGAGUCCAACAGGUGGUGGCUGCACCAGUACUGCAAACAAUUGCAAUCCAGUGAGGCCGUCCAUUGCCAGUCCGGCUACAGGGGGCACAAUGGCGGUCAGCAGCCCACAGAACCCCUGUGCUGCGGGGUUUCCUGUGUCCAGUCCUGCUGGCGGGCUUGGUUUGGUGCAGAAUGACAUCAACAGUCCUGAAGCAACAGGUCUGACCAGGGAAACAGACUUCAAGCACUUUGAAUUCCCUAAAGUAGAGAUGGUAGACGGGGAGGUGUUCAACGUGGGCUUAGACCAGAUGGGCAUGGUUAAGUACAUUAAGAAUGAGCCGGGAACUGACUACAGGAGCAUGUGUUUGGGCAGCUCCAAAUGUAAUGCGAGUAGCACACCUUUUAUCACACAGAUUAAGAGUGAACCCAAUACCAACGAAGGUGGUUGUAUGAAUCAACAACCAUAUGGCGAACCGUCACCAUCUCUUGGUCUCUUUCCUGCAUCCGAGACCACCUACUUGUCCCUGAGGAAUAACAUUGAUGAGUACAGUCUUUCUGGUAUCUUAGGCCCCCCUGUCUCCUCCAUGAAUGGGACCUAUGAGCCAGAAGUGUUCUCUAACAGUGUCCUGUCCAAAGGGGUUAAGCAGGAGUCCACUGAUGGCAGCUAUUACCAAGAGAACAACAGCAUGCCCACAUCGGCCAUUGUUGGAGUUAAUUCCGGCGGACAUUCAUUCCAUUACCAGAUUGGAGCUCAAGGAACAAUGGCUUUCACACGGCAUGAUGUGAGGGACCAGUCCAACGCUUUGUUGAAUCUUAUUUCGCCCGUAACGGCAUUGAUGGAGUCGUGGAAAACUCGGCCGGGCAUGUCACAGGGGUCACUGUCAGGCAGAGGUGAAGGAUACCCGGGUCAGAACUGCAUCACAGACGGCAUGUCAAGCUCGCCACUGAGACAACCAUCCUCAACGGCAAAAGUGUGUCUUGUCUGUGGAGACGAGGCGUCAGGGUGCCAUUAUGGUGUGGUGACGUGUGGAAGCUGCAAAGUCUUCUUCAAGAGGGCCGUGGAAGGUCAGCACAACUACCUGUGUGCUGGAAACGACUGUAUCAUCGACAAGAUCCGCAGGAAAAACUGCCCGGCGUGCCGCGUACGGAAGUGUCUCCAGGCUGGCAUGAACCUCGGAGCACGAAAGUCAAAGAAGUUAGGAAAGCUAAAGGGAGUCAGCGAGGACCUGCCGGGCUCUAAGGACGGCCAACCUGCCACAGGUGGCGUUGGAGGUGGUUACCUGUCCUCAGAGAAGGUGAACGCCAGCGCUGCCAAUGCCCUGGUGCCCCACGGGCCUGGGGUGGUCACACCUUUUCUGCCGCCCUCCAUCUGCAGCGUGUUGGAGCUGAUUGAGCCCGAAGAGGUGUACUCAGGCUAUGACAAACAGCCUGACACCACCGACCACCUGCUGUCCAGCCUCAACCGCCUGGCCGGAAAGCAGAUGGUACGCAUGGUGAAGUGGGCCAAAGUACUUCCAGGUUUCCGGGGCCUGCCCAUUGAGGACCAAAUCACCCUGAUUCAGUACUCAUGGAUGUGUCUGUCCUCUUUCUGCCUCAGCUGGCGCUCUAAACACACCAAUGGACAGAUGCUCUACUUCGCCCCUGACCUCAUCUUUAACGAGGAGCGCAUGCAGCAGUCAGCUAUGUAUGACCUGUGUCUGGGCAUGAGGCAGGUGAGCCAGGAGUUUGUCCGGCUGCAGCUAACCUACGAUGAGUUCCUCUCCAUGAAGGUCCUUCUGCUACUCAGCACAGUUCCCAAAGAGGGUCUAAAGAACCAGGCGGCGUUCGAGGAGAUGAGGGUUAAUUACAUCAAGGAGCUCCGGCGUUCAGUGGGAAAAGCAACCAACAACUCUGGCCAGACCUGGCAGCGCUUCUUCCAGCUCACCAAGCUACUGGACGCCAUGCAUGAUCUGGUGGGGAACCUGUUGGACUUCUGUUUCUACACCUUUCGUGAGUCCCAGUCUCUGAAAGUGGAGUUCCCUGAAAUGUUGGUGGAGAUCAUCAGUGACCAGAUACCAAAGGUGGAGUCAGGCCUCACUCACACAAUCUACUUCCACAAGAAGUGACUCACAAAACACUUUGGACAGAAACGGCAUUGAGAACUGGAAGAGAAGAGAAAGGUUUACCAGUCUAGAGGUGAAAACUUGCAAGGAAGGCCUGACCAGUUGGCCUGCACCCUGUCGCCUAGUAUGCCAGCGUCCUCGUGGGAAAGUUAAGCUGCGUGGUGACAGAAGUAAAAAGGGCAGAUUGAUGGGACCCUGCAGUCACCAGAAGCGGGUCAGAGCUGUGAAUAGUUCGUCGGGAGAGCACAACACGGCCGAGGAAGGACUCAUGACACAUGUGACAAAGCCCCCCGAAGUAACCCCCUGUGACCCGCCCCCAAAGACGAUAACAGUAUUUUCUAUGGAGAUAAAGCCAUACAUUUGUUAGAAUGCGCUAGAUACAUUCACCACACACACAUACACAUCACACACACAAAGAGGGAAAUUGACACACAUGCUGUCCACAUGCCUUCACACAAAUGCACAGAUGCACUCCACAUGCACUAAAAUCAGAUUCCCUUCUAAUCUAGAGAGAAAAAGUCUUUGCAAAUAUUAACUGUGGCUUAAGCAGUUUUUAAAAGUAAUAGCACUAUGAAAAAAUAACAAUAUGCCAGUACUUAGAAUUUGCUUUGCAGUGUAGCAACAUACUGCAAGACUACAGGGCAAAGAAGAUGAAGAGGCGGCACAGAAAUACUAGACUGUAAGGCGAAAGGUCUAUUUGAAUAUAUUUAAAGGGCUAUACAAGCGUCAUCAUAAGCUGAGUAAAUGCAUUAAAGCUAACAAGUCCGAGUUUGAAUUUCAAUCAGUGUCAUAACAGCCAUCAUUAACAUUAACAUGCUGAGUUUUUUUAAUUCAAAUGUGUAGUAAACAAUCAAACUAAUAUGCAAAAGUCCAAAGCGAAACAUAAAAAUGUCUCUCUUGUGUAGAGAAAGCUUGCACGUGAAGCUCCCAUGUCAUAAAGUCACUAUUUUAGGCAUUGUGGUGUAGAAUUAAGACAACAUUGAUGAGUUACCUUUUUGCAAAAACGGCCAGGAGUGCUGCAGGAUUGGAAAACAUCAUGCUUUUACGGAAACAAUUUCAGUGGAGUCCGCUGGUAAUGGAUUUGACUGAGGUGCAUCCAUAGUAAUUGUGUUUUGUGUUAUCUCCAGAGCAGCUGUCCAAAUGUCUGUUUUUACUCACAAUGAAGCGAAACCAGCCCUUUGUGAACCAACACUUAUCUACUCUUCCCAGAAAUAAUAAAAAAGCAUUUUAUAAAAGUGUGUUGCAAAGGUUUAGUUUUUGACAAGCCAGUCAUUUUACAUUAAGGUGCUUCAUUUCUACAAAAAACGUGCAAAACAUAACAUGUACAGUAACUCGUAGACCGUCCUUACAGUACGUUGUGUAUACGGACGCACAGUUUAAACACACAUACUCUGUAAAAUUGAUAUAAUCCCAAAUGGAGCAUUACUCUGCAGUGCUUACAGCAAACGGCUAAUGUAUCAAAACCAGGCAAAUGUGUACAGGUAUUAACAACUUCUUAAACACAUUUUCUUCAGCUGUUGUACAGACGAUGUUUUGAGGUACAUGUUGACGAAUGCUUGAUGAAGAUGAACUGUUGCUACAUUCACCUUUCCUAAUUUCUCUGGGCUGUACUCUACUUUUUUGAAAGUAAGGCAGGCCCAGUCAUCUGGACCAUUACGUUAUCUCACACCCCACUGGUUUCUGGGUGGUUGUGGAACACUACUAUGAUGCUACUGAAAAGAUAGAGCCGCUGGGGAAGAAAAACAGUGGAGGCGUGUGAUUAUUAUUAUUUUUUUGUGCCCUGUGAGUGUGUAUUUACAUGUGUGAAUGGAGCAUAAGUUUGUGUGUGUGUAUGUGUGUGUGUGUGUGUGUGUGUGUGUGUGUGUGUGUAUGUGUGUGCGUGUGUGCGUGUGUGUGUUUUUAUUUUCCUGGCGAGCAUGUGCAUUGUUGAUCUGCUCUUUCAGCGUGGGUAUUAUGCAUUUAUGUUAUAGGAUUAGCCGUAUCCUAUUUCCACAUUUAGAUUUGCACAGAGGAGAUACAAUGUGAAAUGAAGCAUUAGUGCAGCUAGCGGGGAAUUGUCUGUUUUGAUAAGCAACUGUGAUGAUGCAGGGAAAAAGACUUUCUGCAUGGUCACCCAGCCUAAAGUUAGACAACAUGACAUCACUGGCAUGGCGGGGUUCUGGUGUGCUGUAUUUGUGGCUACAGCGAGUCAUAAGGAUGGUGCUGUGCUUCAUAAUGAGGUCUCUUCUGUGGUGUUUAUAGUGUAGUGAUAGGUGUACAAAUAGACAAGUGGUAUAUUCACGACCGUCUUAAGGGACUGUAUGAAAAUUAUCCAGGAGGUUUAGAAGUGGUGAAUGUGUAUUUUUAAUUCUUGCACAUGGGAGGGGUGUCUAUUUUUGUUGGGGGAGCAAGGAAGAAUUUUUAACCUCUUUUCUUCCCAAAAUAUUUGUUUUUUAUUCAUUUGAGGGUAAAAAUAACCCUCACAAAAGAUGGUGUCUGGGUCUAAUUGUUAAUUACAUUAUUUCCUGGACCUUACAAAUCAAUUUAAAAACAUUAAAUUUUGAGUACACGACAGAUGUAAAUUCCAGUUUUAUAUUUUUGACAUGAAUCUAAUAUUUCCAGAUUUCAUGAGUGAUGUACUCUCAAAUAUGAAUUCCUGCCAAUUUUCAUACAGCCCCUUACAAACAAGGCCUCAUUUUACGAUCUGUCAUUGUUGUGCUGAAGUUUUGAAGGGCCCUAAAGCUAAAUCUCUCACUGUUUUCUUUAUUUCUCCCUUUUUGUCCUUUCUAAGGAAUAAAAUAACUGUCUAAAGGUUCAUAGGAUGAAUGGGAAAGUAUUUUUGAGAGAAUUAUAUUUUGCUGGAAAACAAUAUUUAAGUACUUUGUCUAAAAAUGAUAUCCUUUUUGUAAAAUGAAAUGUUAAUGCAUGCUUUUUGAUGAGAUGUUUACAUUGUAUUUAAAAAAAGGGAAACUUGUGCCUUUUUAUCUCACCUGAUUUACAAUUUUACAGUAUAUAUUGUAAAUAAUACAGCAAGUCCUUAUGUUGAGUAUAGUAUAAAACAUUUCUACUUUUAACCAUCUUGUUGGAAUAUUGGAAAAAAUGUGUUUCCCACUCGCCAUGUUCUGUGUGUCACAUCACAGAGAAAUAAUUUACAGUAAGGGUGCCAGACAGGGCCCAAUGGAGAAUUGAAUGUAUCAUACGUUGUGAGAGACAUAUGGAACUUACUACCUGAAUGUUAGAGAGAGAGAGUACAUUUAUUAUCUUCUUAUUGAGUCAAGUUUUUAUUUUGCACCUUUUUUUUUUUUUUUUUUUUUUGCAUCAUUGUUCAAGUGGCUCAAACAAAAAAUAAUAAUAAUCAAAAAUUAUUUCUUAUUUUGUAACAAGAUGUAUCAGCUGAUGGAUCCUUGAGUUGUGCUGUUGAAAUGAUUUCCUAACUCAUGGCGGUAUUGUUGAUUAGCACCACAAUAAAAAUCGAGAAAUCACAAACUACUGAAAGUAGGAAAAUGUGAAAGAAAGUUUUUCACUUUUCAGAUUUUAAACUGAAAGCUAAUGCACAAAAUGAUGAUGAAGAGACUGAUGACCUGAGGUUUGACCUCAAAUUUGACCUUACUUUGACCAGUUAUAAACUGGACAUAUUGCACUAACUGCCAAAAUAAGUUUAAUCAUAAAAGAAACAAAUUUGUCCCAAAAGAAUACAACAAAGCCUGAUGACAUUUUUUUAACUAUUAGAUUCAGCCCUUGUUCAACGUUUCUGCACUCCAGUAAUACAGGCUCGGACUGUUCGCUGUGGAGUCACUAUUUGUGUUAUCUUUAAAGUGAUAGUUCCACAUUUUGGGAACUGUAACUAUUUGCCUGGAGUUGGAAAGGAAGAUGAAAACUACAUUAAAACUUGUCACAUUUGUAUGUUUAGUGAAGUCAAAGCUACUGCCAGGGGACAGCUAGCUAAGCUCAGUUUAGCAUAGCUAAGUGUGCAGACUGGAACUAGAAGAAAUAAGCUAGCCUUGCUCAAACAGAUCCACUUUAGAGCACGUCUCAAGCUGAAUGAUGAACAAGCAUCUAGUUUAUUACAACAACGGGAACACAAAUGUGUAAAUAUGAUAUAGCCCGUUGUUCCAUCUUCGCACGCCACUUUCAGGCCGAUAAAUUAAUCAACACAUUAAGCUAACCAUUUGCAAAACCCUAACUUGCCAUUUUUACCUUUUUUUUUGUAAGAACUGAACAAGAGAAAUCACAUCUUAUCUGUUAGCUUGAGAGGUUAGCUUAUUUUGUUACUUUUAGACAGAGCCAGGCUAGCUGUUUCUGCCUGCUUCAAUGUUAAGCUAAGCUAACUGUGCCCUGGCGUUACCUUUGUAUUUUCCUCAAGACAUGAAAGGGAAUGUAAAUCCUGCAAUCUUAACUCUCAGAAAAAAUACAAACCUUGUUUUUUCUGAUAUGUUGAACAAAACAAGGAAUGAUGUCUUGUUCAUCCACCUGCUACAAACUAAAAAUAAAAAUAUGUCCCCUACGUAAGUGAGCUGAGCAGCUGCGUCCCUCUCGAUGAGGUCCUUUAAGGCAUGAAUGACUCAGAAUGUGUUCUACUGCUGUUCACAGUACACUAUUGCGUCACUGUAUGUGGAGUCACGUCAUCGCCAUUUUCUGUUCACGGUGAUGAAUCGGGUGUAGAGAGACUAAGCCAUAUCUCCACAGCCAUGGCAGUGCAUUUUAUCUUAUUAUUAUAAAUAUACACAAAUGCUUUUUUUUCCAAUUCCAAAAAUGACUUUUUACUCAGAUGCUUUGUACAAUAUUUCUCAGCAAACAAACAGUAGACAUCCUUCAACAUAAACCUACAAAACAUCUUUGAAACCCGUUACUACUGUAUAUCUUGAUGCAGAUAUUGCCAUACUUGUGUUUGCAAAACUAUUGCAAGAUUCUAAUAAAACUGUUAAACCGA